GUCGUUUAUUUCAAACAUUCGUUUACACACUUGAAAAAAAACAACAACAAUAAACUUCCGUUGGUAUAUUAAUCCAACUCAUUCAUUAGAAAAACAGAACCACAUUUAUAUUUGUGGCUAUCAUCAGGAGAUUAAGUUUAUUUUUCUCCGUUGUUAAUUCCGAUCCGUCAGUUUGCAACUCUUAUAGCACAAGAGAAGAACAACAACAACAACAACAACAACAACAACAAAUAUCAUAAUCAUAACAAUGCAUCUCGGAUUGUUUAUGUCUACAGUGACCCUCUUGGUGUCGGCUGUAUGUGCGGUCCCAGGUAAGUUGCAGCUUCAAAAGAAGGGCUUGCAAUGGGACUACCAAAACGAUAAGAUUCGUGGUGUCAACUUGGGUGGUUGGUUUGUUUUGGAACCUUACAUGACCCCUUCUCUUUUCGAAGUUUUUGACGACAUCCCAGUCGAUGAAUACCAUUACACCAAGGUCUUGGGUAAGGAUCUUGCCAAGCAACGUCUUGAAACCCACUGGAAGAACUGGAUCACUGAAGAUGAUUUCAAGGCCAUCAAGGAAAAUGGUCUUAAUACCGUGAGAAUUCCAAUUGGUUACUGGGCUUUCCAACUUGUGGAUGGAGACCCAUAUGUCCAAGGUCAAGUUAAGUACUUGGACCAAGCUUUGGAAUGGUGUAGACAAUACGGUUUGUAUGCUUGGGUUGACUUGCACGGUGCCCCUGGCUCUCAAAACGGAUUUGAUAACUCUGGUCUUCGUGACUCUUACAAGUUUCAAGAACCAAACAACCAAAAGGUUACCUUGCAAGUUUUGAAGACUAUCAGUGAAAAAUACGGGGCCUUUGACUACGAAGACGUUGUCAUUGGUAUCGAAUUGAUUAACGAACCAUUGGGUCCAAUCUUGAACAUGGACCAAUUGAAGGAGUUUUACACUGAAGGUUACAAGCAAGUUAGAGAUGUUCCAUCCUAUAACGCUGUCAUUGUUCACGAUGCCUUUAUGCAAACCCCAGGUUAUUGGGAUGACUUUUUACCAGUUGACCAAGCUUGGAACGUUGUUAUUGACCAUCAUCAUUACCAAGUUUUCAAUCAAAAGGAUUUACAAAAGACUAUUGACGAACAUAUCGAUACUGCCUGUCAAAUUGGCCGUGACGGUAAGGCUGAGGGCCAUUGGAACGUUAUUGGUGAAUGGUCUGCUGCCUUGACCGAUUGUGCCAUGUGGCUUAACGGUGUUGGACAUGGUGCCAGAUGGUCUGGAGAUUUCGACAACUGUCCAUUCAUUGACCACUGUGACAACUACGUGGACAUUGGUAAGUGGUCUGAUGAAUACAGAACAAACGUAAGAAAGUACAUUGAAGCUCAAUUAGAUGCCUAUGAAUACACCGGUGGCUGGAUCUACUGGGCUUGGAAGACUGAAAACGCUGUCGAAUGGGAUUUCAGAAGAUUGACCGCCGCUGGUGUUUUCCCAUCCCCAUUGACUGAAAGACAAUAUCCUAACCAAUGUGGAUUCUAAAUAGAUUAUUUUCAAAAGAAAAACAAACAGAGGAGAGAACGAUGGAAAGAAGUAAGCAUUUGGCCUC